CCUCCAGUCCGCGGCGCCCGCAGUCCGCAGGCGCGGCGUGACCCGGCGCCCGAGCGCGGAGCACUUCCGGUGGGGAAGAGAAAGGGAAGACACCAGCGGAAGCGGGGAACGUGCUGUGUAAUCCCUGAGCCGCGAAGGCGCUUGUGGCGGCUUCUAAAAUGCCGGAUUACCUAGGUGCGGACCAGCGGAAAACCAAAGAAGAUGAGAAGGACGACAAGCCCAUCCGAGCUCUGGAUGAAGGGGAUAUUGCCCUGCUGAAAACUUAUGGCCAGAGUACUUAUUCGAGGCAGAUCAAGCAGGUUGAAGAUGACAUUCAACAACUUCUCAAAAAAAUUAAUGAGCUCACUGGUAUUAAAGAGUCUGACACUGGGUUGGCACCUCCAGCCCUCUGGGAUUUGGCUGCAGACAAACAAACACUUCAGAGUGAACAACCGCUACAAGUUGCAAGAUGUACAAAGAUAAUCAACGCUGAUUCGGAGGACCCAAAAUACAUCAUCAACGUGAAGCAGUUUGCCAAGUUUGUGGUGGAUCUCAGUGAUCAGGUGGCACCUACUGACAUUGAAGAAGGGAUGAGAGUUGGUGUGGACAGAAAUAAAUACCAAAUUCACAUUCCACUACCUCCUAAGAUUGACCCAACAGUUACCAUGAUGCAGGUGGAGGAAAAACCUGACGUCACGUACAGUGAUGUUGGAGGCUGUAAGGAGCAGAUUGAGAAACUGCGAGAAGUAGUUGAAACCCCUCUGCUCCAUCCAGAGAGGUUUGUUAACCUUGGAAUCGAGCCUCCAAAGGGCGUGCUGCUGUUUGGGCCACCAGGCACAGGCAAGACACUCUGUGCUAGAGCAGUUGCAAAUCGGACAGAUGCUUGCUUCAUUCGAGUUAUUGGGUCUGAGCUCGUACAGAAAUACGUCGGUGAGGGAGCUCGAAUGGUUCGUGAGCUUUUUGAAAUGGCCAGGACCAAAAAAGCCUGCCUUAUUUUCUUUGAUGAAAUUGAUGCCAUUGGAGGGGCUCGCUUUGACGAUGGCGCUGGGGGUGACAAUGAAGUGCAGAGAACCAUGCUGGAACUAAUCAAUCAGCUGGAUGGUUUUGAUCCUCGAGGCAACAUCAAAGUGCUCAUGGCCACUAACAGACCCGAUACUCUGGAUCCAGCGCUCAUGAGGCCAGGGAGAUUGGACAGAAAGAUUGAGUUCAGCUUACCUGACUUAGAGGGUCGAACGCACAUCUUUAAGAUUCAUGCUCGCUCUAUGAGUGUGGAAAGAGACAUUCGAUUUGAGCUGUUAGCCCGCCUGUGUCCCAACAGUACUGGGGCGGAGAUUAGAAGUGUCUGCACAGAAGCUGGUAUGUUUGCAAUCCGAGCACGAAGAAAAAUUGCCACAGAGAAGGACUUCUUAGAAGCUGUAAAUAAGGUCAUCAAGUCUUACGCCAAAUUCAGCGCUACUCCCCGCUACAUGACAUAUAAUUGAGCCCUAGCAGCUUUGAGUGAAAGAACUUCCUGUGCUUUCCUAAUUUGUUGCCACCUCGCAAAAAUAAAAGAUUUAAAAACUGU